AUGACGACAGCAAAGGCAGAGAAAACGGUGCACGGGGAGGCCUUGCAUCCUCCGCCGGGACAAGACGCGAAUGGAAUUACGAUCGGUCAGUGGUCGAGUCCUGUGAUUCCAGAAGAGCCCACGAGCUGCAUGGCGUCGAACGUGAACGUCGAGGCCUGUUGCCCGUGCUUCCCUUUGGCACAGAUCGAGGGGCGUCUUGGCCUCACGUCCUAUUGCUGUGCGCUGUGCUGGUACUCGAUAGCUUUCGCGCUGUUGGCUGGGGCUUUCGCAACCGUGUGGAUCUUCGUGGCCCUGUGGAUCAACUCCCAGACCUACCGCGACCGCGUCAGCGUCACGGGUCGUAUCCUGUGGAUUGCAGGCGCGCUCACUCUGACGUCGCUGGCGUCGUUGCUGCUCAUCUACCGCAUCUCGACGCUGCGCGCGACUGUGCGCGAGCGCUUCGACAUUCCUGGGUCGAUCCGUGAAGACCGCGCGGCAGCGUGGCAAGAAACUGCUCGAGCCAUACAGCAGAUGCAACGACACCUCAAGAUCGACCGGGCCAAGUGUGGUGCCGUCAACGCUCUACCGGCCUACGUAGUGUAA